ACGGAAACUUAUGACAAAAUUAAUCUAAAACGACACUAUAAGAAUUCAAUUUAGCUAGGCCUAGUCAUUUACAUGAUGUAAGUGAGAAGCAGUUUACACCAGGAGUUCUCUGGACGAUUAUCAAAACCAAGCUCGCUUCUCAAUAACUUUUUUUUCCUACAAAUAUUUUGGGAUAAGUAGGCUACUUUCACGUCUGCUUAAACAUAACAUGCUUGAUAUCAACAAAAAGUGGAAGUUGUUGCAUGAGGUUGCAUCAGAUGAUGUUUGAUAAAUAUAACUGAAUGAUUACUAUAUUGAUCAAUCAUGUAUUUAUUACAUGUGUUCCAAGGUAUUUUAAGGAAUAGCCUACCAAGGUACCGCCAAACAUAAGAUCCACCAAAUGUGUAAAUAAGGUAUUGCUUGUGGUUGCAUCGUUCAUUUGUGCUUCACCUUUGUCCCUGUUUUUCUAACCUUUACACACCUCUUGCGUCAUGUCAUUAAUGAGGAACAAUAUUUUUUCUGAUUAGAUCUCAAUCUGACCCCCAAAAAUAGAUAAUUUUAAAUAAUUUGAAUAUUUGAUUAUUCCAGUAUCCCCUUACUCUUCAAUUAUUCACUCACUAGGUCGCAAACCAGUCUGAUCUUAGCCAGAGUUACAGAAUCCCAAUGAUUUUUUUGCCACCAGUUUCUCUUAAAUAACAAGGCGAAAACAAAAGAGCUGUAAAUCUUUAAUAUCCAAAUACUUUGGAAUUUUGUUAAUGUGCCCCAAAGGUAAUAUUAACACAGCUGAGAGGGUUAACAGCAUGCCAAACUCUCCGUCUGUCUCCUCCCUCUUCCGCUUUUGCUUUUAUAAAGCCCACAGUUGUCCGCUGCUCUUGUGUUUGUCCUUAAUUUUUGUAUCUGUUCACAUUUUGUGUAUUUGUCCCCGGACUCUGUCAUCAUGUGGACGACUCUCAUGAAGUUAGACCUGGCCUCUGUAAGUCUGGCUCUGUUUUUGGGCUUGAUCUUUCUGUUUCUGUUCGAGAUCAUCAGGAUUAAUUCCUAUAGAAGUCAAACUCCUCCUGGUCCCAGACCUUUGCCUUUUGUGGGAUCGUUACCACAAUUUUUGAAGAACCCAAUGGAGUUUGUAAGAUCAAUGUCUCAGUAUGGAGAAAUGUCCACUAUGUAUCUUGGGAGGAAGCCAGCGAUAAUCCUCAACACAAUCCAGGUCACGAAGGAAGCCCUGGUUCAGGAAGCUUUUUCUGGAAGACCGGAUCUGCCUCUUAUAGAAUGGAUAACAAACGGACUUGGUAUAAUAAUGGUCACGUUUGGCCACUCCUGGAGGCAGCAGAGGCGGUUUGCUCUGCACACACUCAGGAAUUUUGGCCUGGGGAAGAAAUCAGUAGAAGAUCGGGUGUUAGAGGAAAGCCGCUAUCUUAUUUCUGAAAUGCUUAAAGAAGAAGGCAGGCCAAUGAACCCCCAGCAUGCAUUACAGAAUGCAGUUUCCAACAUUAUCUGUUCCAUCGUGUUUGGAGAUCGCUUCGAUUAUGAUGACAAACGCUUCUCAUACCUUCUGAAAAUCCUGAAUGAAAACUUCAUGCUCGCAGGGUCAGCCGUGGGACAGUUUUUCAACUUAGCACCCUUCAUCAAGCAUUUCCCAGGGCCACACCAGAAGGUCAAACAGAACGCUAAUGAGUUAUUGGGUUUCAUCUGGGAUGAAGUUAAAGAACACAAAGAAACUCUGGAUCCAGACAGCCCGCGAGACUUCAUUGAUGCCUACCUGCUGGAGAUCGAGAAACAAAAGUCCAACGAGGACUCCACGUUUCAUGAGGAGAACCUGGUUAUGUCAACAGCUGACCUGUUCCUGGCUGGAACCGACACCACAUCGACCACCAUCAGAUGGGGGCUCAUCUACUUGAUUCAAAACCCAGAUGUACAAGAACGAUGUCAUGAGGAGAUUGUUCGGGUACUGGGUUACGACCGCUUGCCCAGCAUGGAUGACCGUGACAAACUACCGUACACGAACGCUACUGUUCACGAGAUUCAGCGCUGUGCCAACAUUGUACCAUUCGGCGUGAUUCAUGAAACGAUUCAGCCCACAAAACUACGAGGAUACGCCAUUCCCAAGGGAACUACAAUCUUAGCAAACUUUGCAGCAAUUUUCAGCAAUAAGGAGCACUGGAAGCAUCCCGACUCAUUUAACCCAGAGAAUUUCCUGAAUGAGAACGGACACUUCAGCAAGCCGGAGUGUUUCAUUGCAUUCUCAAUGGGUCCGAGGGUCUGUCUCGGUGAGACGCUGGCGAGGACGGAGCUCUUCCUGUACAUCACGUCUCUCCUACAGCAGAUUCAUUUCUCCUGGCCACCGGAUCCACAGCCCCUGGACAUGGAUGGGAUCAUGGGUAUUGUCCGCGUUCCUCAGACCUUCAACAUCAUCUGCCGCAGCAGAGAUACGAAAGAGUGACCGUCAGGAACCCCAAAUGUCAUCAUACAUACUGAAGAACACAAUAGGGACAAAGCCGCUGAGACACACAAGAGCAUGUAGGCUCAUCUAAAUCAUCAUAUCUAAUCAGUUAUUCUAUACAUGAACUCUUGUCAGGUGAUUCUGAUUUAUUCUGAUGAUUUCAUUAUAGGAAAAUAACUUAUUUCCAGUUUUUAUAACAUCUGUUUGACAUUGAUGCAUGGCAUGAAACAAAGUUUAUCCUUCUGUAUUGUGAGGCAAAUGAGUGAAACUGCUUCUCAAACAAGAACAAAUGUAGAUUUGAUUGACUUGAUUUUGUCCAUGGGGAAUUGAUUGGAUGGUUGUGGUUUGCUAUUGGUGGAUCUCAUGUGAGUGACAGAGGGCUGCAUACUCACUUGAAUAUUCCAUAAAAAACAAGAAUGAUCAAUUUUAGUUUCAUGGUGACUAAGAGUUUUGAACAUUUAUUUAAGCAUAGCUAAAAAAAAUGAAAGGAAAAUGUUUUGUUUGGGGAAGUCAUAUUGACAAUUUUUUAUUAUUUUAUCACAAAUACAUGUAUUUUAUUGAUGUGUCCACAUGUACAUGUAAUACACAUAGCUGUAUAUUAUUUGUAUAGUGAA